AUGUUCUUCGGUGGUGGACGGUCGAACGAGAAUGAGUAUGAGUAUUACUCUUCAGAAUUAGACGAUUCAGACGAAGAGUUCGAAGAUGCGCUGGAAAUUGCGCGGAGAACGCGACGAGAGAUGAUGCACAAUCGAGCGCAAUUUGAGCAGCGGAUGCAUCCUCAGCGAGAGGAGGAAAAGGAGUUUAAUAGUAACGACGGACGACGACUGGGAGAUGAAGAAGAAGAAAGAGAAACGAUGACGAUAGAAAAGAGAGAAGCAAAGUUAAAAUCCUGGGCCGGGGCGUUUAGCGCGUUCGACGAGGACGAAGAGGACGAAGGCGUUCGAAAACAUCCGAAACCGCCGCCGUUUCCGUUACCGCGGGAGUUUGCGAGGCCGGAGUUUUUGAGAGAAGAGAGACGGGUGGAUUUUGGCGCGGAUGAAUUGGAGUACGAUGAUAAAGGCCACGACGAUUCAGACGACGACGAGAGGGUGAGGAGUCACGGGAAGGCGGCGACGCGUUCUGGUGGUCGUUUUCAGGCGGCGACGACGCCGAUGUCGUCGAUGCUCUCGAUGCGAGCGAGUCCUUCGUCUUCGUCGAAGAAGAAUGCGUCUUCUUCGUUAUUGGUAGAAUCUCUCGCGUCGCAAUUGCGAGCGUGCGAGUUGAGAGCCGCGGACGCUUUGGAGGAUGCCGAGAGAGAGUCCGAACAGGCGGCUAAAUGUGAACGAGAGAAUGAAAAGUUACGAGAGAAACUGAAACGGAUGGAAGAGUCCGUGAAGGAGUUGCAAAAAGUGUGCGCGUUGGACCGACGGAAACGCGCGGAAGGCGAGGAGCGAGCGGCAGAGGCGAAAGCGAAGGAAGAGAGGAUGAAAUUAGACGUGCGCGAGGCGAUUACUUUGUUGAGAGAACGGGAGAGAGAGAUUGAGGAAUUUGCAAAGAUGGCGAAAGAGGCGGAGAGGAAGAAGAACGAGGCGAGGGAGCACGCGUUGACGAUGCGGGCGAAUUCGAGGAAGUUGGAGAGAGAAAACGCUCGAUUACGAACAGCCGCGGCUGAGAUGGAAGGAAGAAUGGAACAGAUUGUAUCGAUGAACGAACAGUCUGGAAGGUCGAUUUCGGAAAUUGUUAGGAGUAGUCCGAUGAAAAGGCAUCCUCAGCUCGCCGCUGAUCGACGAGAAGAAGACAAAGAAGAAGAAGAAGAAGAAACGAAAAGAGCUACUACUGAGACGCAUGCAACAGCAAAAACAACACCAAACAUUGCCGCCGGUACGAGAACCGACGCCGUCCGACUCCAAUCUCCAUCCUGGUCCUGGUUCCGCGUCGCCACCGAAGACGCCUUGACGGUCUCGAAAACUCCCGUCGUCUCUCGACGAAACGGAUCCGCCAAAAACGAAAACAAAACCGACGCCACCAAAGCCCCUCCAUACGCGACCUCCGCCGACCUCCGUGCCAAUAAUCUCCUCCUCAUCUCGCAAAACGAAAAAAACAUCACCCUCCUCUCCUCCGAACGCGACCAUCUCCUCCAACUCUUGGCCACGAAAUUCUCAACCGGCGCGGGCAAAUCCAUGAAAGAACGAGAGCGGAAACUCGCCGUCGAAGACCGAUUAAACCAAGUGGAGAUGAGUUUGAAACAGGCGAAAUUGAAAACGAAAACGCUCCGAGAAGAAUGA